GGUGGGGGGGGGAGAGAGAAUGAUUGCCAGAUUGGCUCAAUGUGGUCCAGGGAAUAACUAUUAGGAGAGAAAGAAUGUGAUUACGUUAUAAGACUGUAACCUUUGAGCUGGUGCUUAGGAAUGCUUUACUCACUCACUGAAGAUCUUACAUAUAUCACCCACUGUGACACUUUUCCACGUUUCGUAAGAGCUUACGAAAAGAAGGGGGAUUUUGCGCAGAGGGCAGGAUAACCCAAGUGUUAAGCAGAGCACAGCACAGUGCUCAGUCCCACUCUGUCCCUCUCAGCUGUAGAGAAGUGAGGCACUUCCCCCUUUGCUCUUAUUUCAUCUGAUCCCAAACAUCUACAACUUCUCUCUCCUUCUCUUGUCCACCGUGGGAACCUCUCAACAAGACCAACACACACACACACACAGAGAGAGAGAGAGAAAGAAAGAAGAGAGAGAGAAAGAGAGAGAGAAAAAGAAAGAGAGGAAAACCAUAGCCCAACCAUCUCACAGAUCCAUUCAUGCCCUGGUGAGCGCAGCGAGAGACUAUGAGGAUCAAGCUGUGCCUUGCGCUGGCGACUGCCUGUGCAGCAUUGCUCGCACUCUCAGUGGAGGCUCAAGUCCCACCGCCCAUGGACCUGAAAUAUAAAAUUUUGUCUGAAAGCAGUGUGCAAAUGACGUGGCGACGGCCACGAAGCAGAAUACUGGGGUACAGGCUAACAGUCACACCGACCGAUGGCCAACCUCCCAGGGAGCUCACGUUAGGUACGCGAGUGUCCAAAACCUCAAUAACUGACCUGGUUCCCGACUUGGAGUACAUGAUCUCGCUGGUUGCCUAUGACCGUUCGUCAGAAAGCGUUCCGGUAAAAGUGAAACUUACAAUUCAGUCAAGUCGCACGCCAACUAGAAAGCCUAAGAAGGAUGAGUUCACUCCAGUAUGUUCCUCCAAUGCCAACGCUGACCUGGUUUUCCUGGUGGAUGGUUCCUGGAGCGUGGGAAGACCCAAUUUUAGGAAGAUCAGGGAGUUUAUUUAUUCCCUCGUCUCCGCCUUUUCCAUCGGAGAGGACCAGACCAGAGUGGGAAUCGUCCAGUACAGCUCUGACACCAGGACUGAGUUCAGUCUAGACAGAUACUUCGACAAAUCUGAACUUCUCAGAGCCAUCACUAAUCUGCCCUACAAAGGAGGCAACACAAUGACCGGCGAUGCCAUUAAUUACCUGGUACAGAAAACCUUUGUCGCCUCUGCUGGAGCCAGAAGAUCAUAUCCUAAAGUGGCGGUGAUCAUCACUGAUGGGAAGUCACAAGAUACCGUGCAGGACAGCGCCCAGGCUCUACGUGACAUCGGGGUGGAAGUCUUCACACUGGGCAUAAAGGGAGCUGACCUCCAGGAGCUACAAGAGAUUGCCUCCGCUCCUAUCGGCAAGCAUAUCUUCCAGGUGGCAGAUUUUGACAACAUCAAGGAUGUCCAGACCGAUAUCAUCAAACAGGUCUGCUCUGGAGUGGAGGAGCAGAUCCUUGAGCUUGUGAGCGGGGAGGAAGUGGUGGAGCCAGCCAACAAUUUGCAAACAAUCGAGAUUGCGUCCAAGUUCCUGAAGCUGGUGUGGGAUCCAUCCCUUGGUCAGGUCACUGGGUACAGGUUGCAGCUUAUCCCUUUGGUGCCCGGCGUGGAGAAGCAGGAAGUGAGCCUGGACUCUCAGGCGAGGAUGGCAGUGGUUCAAAACCUGAACCCAGGGACCGAGUACCAGAUCAACCUAUACGCCAUGAGGGGCCUGGCAUCCAGCGAACCCAUCUCGAUCCUGGAAACAACUCAGGUGAUCGGAGUAUCAAUCGAGUGCACGCUGAACGAGAACUCCCAAGCUGACGUCGUUCUGUUGGUGGACGGCUCCUACAGCAUCGGGCUGAGCAACUUCGCCAAAGUCAGGGAUUUUCUGGAGACCCUGGUGCAAACAUUCCCAGUCGGGCCCAACCAGAUCCAGAUUGGUCUGGUCCAAUACAGCCGAGACCCCAACACGGAAUUCACCCUCAAUACCCAUAGCACCCAGGCGUCCGUGCUGGAAGCAGUUCGCAACUUCCCCUACAGGGGGGGCUCCACCAACACUGGCAGGGCCAUGACCUAUGUGCGCAAUAAAGUCUUCGUGGUGGAGAAGGGGGCCAGGUUCAAGGUGCCCCGUGUCAUGGUCCUCAUCACCGAUGGCAAGUCGUCCGAUGCCUUCCAGGUGCCAGCCGAAAGGCUGAGGGAUGCCGGAGUGGAGAUCUUCGCCGUGGGAGUCAAGGAUGCCGUGUUCAGUGAACUGGUGACCAUCGCCUCCAAACCCGAGCACUCUCAUGUCUACCAAGUGGACGACUUUGACUCCUUCCAGCGGGUGUCCGCCAAGCUGACCCAGACUCUGUGCCUCAGGAUAGAGGAGGAAGCGGUUGCCAUCAAAGAGAGAGAUUUCACAUCCCCCAGUAAUCUGCAAACCUCCGACGUGACGUCCAGCAGUUUCCGAGUGAGCUGGACACCAGUGGGGCCAGAUGUGCGCUCCUACCUGCUGAAGUACAGGAUGGCCUUGGGUGGUCAGCUCUACUCCAUCCAGGUCCCCGGAGAGGAAGCCAGCAGAGUCCUCACCGACCUCCUGCCCGAGACUGAAUACCUGAUCCAAGUCAUUGCGCAAUACGAGAAUGGCAACAGCCGGCCGUUGGAAGGGAAGGACACCACCCUGGAAGAGAACGGAUUACCUCGUAACCUACUGGUGUAUGACGAAAGCACCAACAGUUUCAAGGUCAGGUGGGUUGCAGCUCCCGGCAAUGUUCUGCACUACCGCCUCGAAUACACUCCUUAUUCCGGAGGCGAGAAGGAAGAGGUGACGAUCAGAGGCACAGACACAUCAACCACCCUGCAGAACCUGCUCACCAACGCCAGGUACGACCUGAGACUCAGAGCUGAAUAUCGGACACUUGUUGGGCAGCCACUGAUCGGGGAAGGAAGCACCAAAGAAGAGAUUGGAUCUCCUCGGAACCUGGUGACGGAUAACGUCUCCUCAACCUCCUUCGACAUUUCCUGGACGGCAGCCCCGGGCAAUGUCCAGCGUUACCGGGUGACCUGGAAGUCCUCAGAUGAUGACGACAGCGGGGAAAUAGAGAUUCCCGGUUACCUAACCACCACCAGGCUGACAAACCUUCAACCAGAAACCAGAUACCACAUCAUGGUCUUCGCAGCUUAUAGCAGUGGGGAAGGAGACCCUCUGGAGGGAGACGAGACCACCAAUGCUACUGAGGAGGCCAAGAGAAUGCUCGUGACAGAUGAAACCGUCAACAGUUUCCGAGUGACCUGGCAGCCCGCACCUGGCAAAGUGCUUCACUACAGAGUCAGCUACCGUCCCGCCUCGGGGGGAAGGACCAUCGCGACCAAGAUCCCGCCACACCUGACCUCCACCGUCUUACGUCGUCUCAGCCCGCAAACCACGUAUGACGUGAACGUCAGUCCUAUGUACAAACACGGAGAAGGGAAACUACGAUUUAGCCAGGGUACCACAGCUUCGCCUUACAAACCACCACAAAACCUACAAACCUCCGACCCCCAAAAGACCAGUUUCCGAGUGACGUGGGACCCAGCCCCAGGGGAGGUUCGUGGCUACAGGAUUACCUACUACCCACUGGAUGAUGAGCAGCAACAGGAACAAAUGGAGCUGGGACCCUACGACACAACCGUGGUGCUGGAGGAGCUCAAGGCUGACACCACGUACAAAGUGGCCGUGUCGGGGAUGUUUCAGGACGGGGAGAGCCUGCCUUUGCUGGGGCAGGAGCACACCACCCUGUCUGAGGACAGCGGCGUGCCUCCACUGGGGCCUCCAGGGAUCCAGUGCAGCACCACGGCUGCUGCGGACAUCCUGCUGCUGGUGGACGGAUCCUGGAGUAUCGGACGCCUGAACUUCCGACAGAUCCGCAGCUUCAUCGGCAAACUGAUCCAGGUCUUCGAUAUCAGCCCCCAGAGGGUGCAGUUCGGUCUGGCCCAGUACAGUGGAGACCCGAGGACUGAGUGGAACCUGAAUGCGCACAAGGACAAGAAGAGCUUACUGGCUGCUGCGGCAGCCUUACCUUACAAAGGAGGAAACACACUAACAGGCCUGGCUCUCAGCUACAUCUUACAGAACAAUUUCCGGGAGGAUGCAGGAGCUCGGCCAUUCGCUCGGAAGAUCGGUGUGCUGAUCACAGACGGCAAGUCUCAGGAUGAUGUGUCCAUCCCCUCCGAAAGUCUGCGUGACCUUGGAGUGGAGCUUUACGCUGUUGGUAUCAAGAAUGCAGAUGUCAUUGAGCUGCGACAGAUUGCCACAGACCCCGACAGCAUCCACAUGUACAACGUGGCGGACUUCGCUCUCCUGACGGAAAUCGUGGAUGACCUGAGCAGGAACCUGUGCGAUAGUGUGAAGAGCGGAGCCAACGUGGAAGCCCCGACUAACCUCGAGAUGUCUGAAGUCACACCUGGUUCCUUCCGGGUGACGUGGGACCAUGGAGCGAGUGUGGACCGUUACCGAGUGGAGUACCAACGCGUUGCAGGAGGUCCCACAGAGCAGGUGCUGGUAAACGGCAGGACCACGAGUGUGGUUCUGACUGAUCUGUUCCCAGAAACACAGUACAACGUCAAUGUCUACAGCCUUCUCGAGGGAGAAGUCAGUGAGCCACUGAGGGGAUCUGAAACCACUCUGUCGAUUCCCUCCGUGAGGAAUUUCAAUCUUUUCGACGUCACAUCGUCUUCCAUGAGAAUGAGGUGGGAUCCGGUGCCCGAUGCCUCUGGUUACCUGAUCCAGUAUGCCCCAAUCAACGCCAAUGUCCCAGUGGGGCAGAAAGAGGUGAAGGUUGGCCCUGAAGAGGCUGAUCUACCUCUUACCGAGUUAUUGCCUAACACUGAGUACACCGUAUCAAUCCACACCAUGUACGGUGACAUCGCUGGAGACCCACUAACCAAACAGGAAGUUACCUUGCCACUGAGUCCACCCAGAAACAUCCGAUUCUCUGACACCACUCACAGCAGCACCAGAGUGCAUUGGGAGCCCGCCCCAGGCAGGGUGCUGAAAUACCUGAUAAAAUACAGAGAAGUGGACGAUCCAACCAUCAAGGAAGUGGAGGUGAAUCGUGCGGACACAUCUGUCUUGCUGCCCAACCUGCUAUCUCAAACGGAAUAUCAAGUGUACGUUAGUGCGAUUUAUGAUGAUGGGCCUUCGGCUCCAGUCGAGGGAAAAGAAAGCACAUCGGUGGUUCCUGCGCCUAUCAACCUGCAAUUCUCCGAGGUGGGAACAAAGCAGUUCAGAGUUUCCUGGGAACACGGAGCGCCGGAUGUGGCUUUGUACCGACUGGCCUGGACCCCAGUCGGCACGACGGACAAAAAAGAGAUGAUUCUGAAUGGCGAUGAAACCAAUCAAAUGUUGGAGAAUCUCACACCUGACACGAGAUAUGAGGUCUCCCUGACGGCUAUCUACCCAGACGAGAUGGAGAGUGAGGACCUGAUAGAUACUCAGAGCACAAUGCCAGUUGUAUCCGUUGAUGAAGUUGGACCCCCGCGGAAUCUCCAGGUGUACAAUGCCACCCCUUACAGCCUGACAGUGAAGUGGGAUCCUGCCGUGGGCAGAGUGCUGCGGUACAAGGUCACCUACACCCCGAUGUCAGGAGACCCCAUCGAGAAAAUGGUCAAGGUUGGGCCAAAACAGCACAGAAUUGUGUUAGAGAAGCUGAGCCCAGACACACCCUACUCCAUCAGAGUUGCCUCUUCCUAUAAAAGAAAGGAUGGAGGACACAUGACUGGCACGGGCAGAACAAAGCCGUUGGCUUCAGUGCGUAACAUCAGAGUGUACGAUCCGACCACCAGCACCCUGAGCGUGAACUGGGAACCCGCCGAAGGGGUGGUCCGUCAGUACGAUGUUUACUACGUCCCAACCACUGGGGGCCCCGCCGAGGAAAAGGUCACUUUACCAGGUAACACACGCAAUGUAGUCCUCAGGAAUCUGCUGUCAGACACCCCGUACAAGAUCAGUGUGGUGCCUGUGUUCACCGAGGGUGGGGGAGCACGGCGGUCUGCCACUGGACAAACACUGGUGCGCGGGGCGCCCCGAAACAUCCAGGUCUACAACCCGUCCCCCAACAGCCUGAGUGUGCGGUGGAUGAGUGCUCCCGGUCCCGUUCAGCAGUACAGAGUGGUCUACGCUCCUCUCACUGGAACCCGGCCUUCAGAAUAUACUGUGGUGCCUGCAAAUACCAAUAGCCUGUUGCUAGAGAGGCUCCAGCCAGAUACUCCUUACUCCGUCAAUGUCAUUGCACUCUACGCAGACGGUGAAGGCGGUGAACUCAGCAGCAAUGGAAAAACAUUGCCUCGCAGUGGCCCCAGGAACAUGCGGGUAUAUGGACCCACUACCAACAGCCUCAGUGUCAGCUGGGAUCACGCAGAUGGGCCUGUGCAGCAGUACAGAGUCAUAUACGCCCCCACAGUCGGAGACCCUAUCGAGGAAUUCAUCUUUGUUCCCGGGAGAAGAAACAAUGUGGUGCUGCAGCCUCUGGAGACAGACACACCAUACCGUAUCAGUGUUGUGGCCAUGUACGCUGACGGGGACGGGGGACAGCUGACCGGGGACGGACGCACAGUGGGUCUGCUAGAGCCCAGUAACCUGCGUGUAUCAGACGAAUGGUACACUCGAUUCCGUGUGUCCUGGGACCCUGCUCCUUUGCCUGUGCUUGGAUACAAGUUUAUUUACCAGCCAACAGGUGUAGAUGAACCAAAGGAGAUCUUCGUUGGGGAUGUGACGACCUACACGCCACAGAACCUGAAGCCUGGGACAACAUAUGAUGUCAAGGUCUAUGCCACGUACGACUCAGGAGACAGUGAACCCCUGGUUGGGCAAGGCACAACAUUGUACCUGAAUGUGACGGGUCUGACUACCUACCAAGUGGAUUGGGACAGCUUCUGUAUCCGGUGGAACCCCCACAGACAGGCCUCAUCUUACCGAAUCAAGCUGCAACCGGUGGAUGCUCAGCACAGCGGCCGACAGGAGGUCACUGUCAACGGGGCCGACUCCAGUUACUGCUUCUACGGCCUUUCACCCAACGCUAAGUACGAUGCGAUGGUGUACACACAGCUUCCCAACCUGGAGGGACCGGGAGUCAACGUGCAGGAGCAAACAAUGAUCCGCCCGACCGUAGCCCCAACCGAACCGCCACCUCCUCCACCGCCAGCAACCAUCCCCCCGGCACAUGACGUGUGCAAGGGUGCGAAGGCAGAUCUGGUAUUUUUGAUUGACAGCUCGUGGAGUAUCGGGGAUGAUAACUUCCUGAAGGUUGUGCAGUUUGUCUUCACCACAAUUGGUGCCCUGGACAAUAUCAGCCCAGCGGGAAUGCAGAUUUCCUUCGUUCAAUUCAGCGACGAAGCAAAGUCAGAGUUCAAACUGAACACUUAUGCCGACAAAGGACAUGUCCUGUCUGCCCUGCAAAUGGUCCGCUACAAAGGCGGGAACACAAAGACAGGUCGAGCUCUGAAGUUUCUAUAUGACGAGGUCUUCAUUCAUUCGAGGGGCAUGAGGAAGUCCGUGCCCAAGGUGCUGGUGGUUGUGACUGAUGGACGCUCUCAGGAUGAGGUCAAACAGCCAGCCCUGGCAUUGCAGGAGGCCGGUUACAGUGUGUUCGUGGUUGGGGUGGCUGACGUGGACUUCACAGAGUUGAGGAACAUCGCGAGCAAACCCAGUGACAAGCAUUUAUUCGUGGUGGACGAUUUUGACGCUUUUGCUAAGAUCGAAGACCAACUCAUCACGUUUCUGUGUGAAACCGCCUCCUCUACUUGCCCCCUGAUUUACAUCAACGGGUUCACAACGCCAGGCUACAAAAUGAUGGAGGCUUUCAAUCUGACGGAGACAGAAGCUUCCUCUCUGCCAGGCGUCUCCAUGGAACCCGGAUCCUUCAAUAGCUAUGUGGCUUACAGACUUCACAAGGACACCUACCUCAACCAGCCCACAGUGGAUAUUCACCCGGAUGGCCUGGCGCUCACCUACACCAUCAUGCUGAUGUUCCGCAUCCUGCCUGAAACCACCUCAGAACCGUUCGCUAUCUGGCAGAUCACAAACCAGGACUACAAACCCGAAGUCGGUGUGCUUGUCGAUGGCAACAGCCAGACCCUGUCAUUCUUUAACAAGGAUGAGAGAGGCGAGUCACAGACCAUCACGUUUGACAGUGACGAAGUGAAGAAGCUCUUCUACGGGAAUUUCCACAAGGUCCAUCUCCUGGUGAACCAAGACAGCGUGAAGCUGAUUGUCGACUGCCAGGAAGUUGAAGAGAAGCCGGCAAACCCACACGGAAACAUCAGCACCGACGGCUUUGAGAUCUUUGGAAAGCUGGUCAAGUCCCAGGGAGCCAAGGGCAGAUCAGCUACAUUUCAGCUCCAGAGCUUUGAUAUCAUCUGCAGCCUGGGCUGGGCCAUUCGAGACCAGUGCUGUGACCUUCCAUCCAUGAGGAUUGAGGCAAAGUGUCCUGCCCUCCCACAUGCCUGCACCUGCACUCAAGACAGCAUUGGACCCCCUGGGCCCCCGGGUCCUCCGGGAUCUUUCGGAAGCAAAGGUCCCAGAGGAGAAAGAGGCAACAAUGGAGCACAGGGUCCCCCUGGUACUCGUGGAGAGCCUGGCAGUCCAGGUUCCCAAGGUCUCCCAGGUCCUCAAGGCCCCAUUGGAUUGUCCAUUCCAGGAGAGUCUGGCCGAACUGGGAUGAAAGGUGAUGCAGGUGAACCGGGAUUACCUGGUCGAUCGGGACAGCCUGGACGGAAUGGAGCCCAGGGUGCCGUUGGACCUCAGGGCGCAAGGGGCUUUGCAGGCAAAGAAGGACCACCAGGACCUCGAGGACCAGCAGGGCCAAUGGGAUCACCUGGUGCUCCGGGGGCUCCUGGUCCAACUGGAACGCAAGGAAAACCCGGAAACUCCGGACCAGUGGGACAACCAGGUGUGAAGGGAGAGAGAGGAGAUCGGGGGGGACUGGCUUCUCAAAACAUGAUGAGGUCGAUUGCCAGACAAGUCUGCGAACAGCUGAUGAACAAUCAGAUGAGCAGAGUUAACUCCCUGAUAAACCAAAUCCCCAACGGCUACUACAACAACCGUGCGGUGGCCGGACCACCGGGACCCGCGGGAGAAUCAGGUAAUCCCGGCCCCCGAGGGGAAAACGGAGCUCAGGGGCGGCCAGGAUUCCCAGGAGCACCUGGCACGGACGGCAGAGCUGGAGAAAGAGGUCCACCAGGAGAGCAGGGUGAGAGAGGCAGCACAGGCAUCGGAAAGCCAGGAAGCCCAGGUCCACCAGGAGCACCAGGUCCCCAAGGACAAUCAUUAACCGGACCCCCAGGUCCUCCUGGUACGCGAGGUGCCCCAGGCCCCGGGGGCCGACAGGGACACUACGGAGCGCGAGGCCCCGCUGGGCCUCCAGGCUAUUGCGACUCCUCACAGUGUGCCGGCAUUCCUUACAAUGGCCCCGGCUACCCAGGACCGUUCGAAAGCGGACCCUACCAGCCCGAGCCCGACACGUACGUUGUGCCCAUAGAGAGAGAGGAGCACGGAGGUUCAGAAACUGAGAUACAGUCGCCCGGGAUUGUCCGCGGCCAACCCUGAGAAGAUCGGGUACCAAUUCCACACACACACACCCACUCAUACCAUCAGCAGCAAUAAUCACACCAGUGAUGAUAAUAAUGAGAACAACAGAGGGAGAUAUAAAAUGGGAGUCGAGUUAUAACCCUCUACACUUCCAGACCCACAUAUGCUUUAAACCUCUUAGUUCUAGACCUCUCACUGCGCUCAUGCUUAUACCCAACACCCUUUAUUCCAUAACAAAGUGAGGCCAUUUGGCCCAUCGCUCCCAUGAGAGUCUGUAAGAGUCAUUCCUUUCAUUGCUUUCCCCACUUCUCUAUCUCCCUCUUCGCAAACACUUUCCAUAUUUUUUUCUCUUUUCCAAUAUUCGUCCAAUUCCCUUUGAAAAACCAUUACACAUUCUGCUUCUAUCCAGUGUUUUUUGUGUGAGGGGUGGAGGAGGUUAAGAGUUCCACAUCUGUGUGCAUUCAUGCGUUUGCAAGUGUGUGUUUAUGUGCAUGCGUGUGUGUAUGUGCGUGGAAAAGAAAAUUCUAACCUUUCCCUUUUUUGUGUAAAUACCCUAAAUUGAUGACCACAAGUUAUCAACUCUCCAACCGGUGGAAGUAGUUACUCCUUAUUCACUUUGUCAAACACCCUCAUCACAAAAGGAGGGGUCGAGUGGGUUUGGAUGAAAGAGAUCCUUCGGUCCAUUUGAUCUCAUACUUCCUGAACCUUCAACCCUAACAUCCUCCCUUCAAAGCACUGAGCUGUUCCAAGUCCCUGCAUCCUAACCUCCUACACACCCUCCUUGCAUCCACUCCCUUCCUCUUGUUUGUAAAGUAUGUGUGAUGUCUGCUACAGUCGUGCCCUUCACAUCCCCUGUCCCCUCACGCUUCCUUACCCUGCUCGUUCCCCCUUCUCUCUCCCCACUUUACCUCCAUCAAACCCACUCAUCCCUUCAGCUCAAAGCUCGUGUUUCCUUUUAAAACCCAAACAGGAUGGGGGGUUGAGCACUUGAGAAUGUAGGAAUGUAAAACAAAUAAAGCCCCCCAAAAUUCUUCAGAAUCUGGCAAUCUCUCUCAUUCUCCUCUCCCACCCUGUCCAUUUUCCUCACCCAAUUUUCUUCCUGCCCGAGCCUCUGAUACACGCUGGCCAUCUCCAAGGGGAGCCACAAAGAUAUUGGCAAUCGAACGUGGAGAAGGGAAGAAAUGAACCCACGAGGUUCGGGCUUAUUUUUNACCUCUCCCUACAAUCGAAAUCUCUCUGUGAAAAACUAACACAAACACGACAAGGAAAAUGGAUACAGCCACACACUUGUUCCCACCUCAAUGUUAAACACCUUCUCUCUCUCAUCCUCUCCCCAACACAUGCACAGACCCUCCUUUCCCCUCAAUGCAGGGCAACCUUCCCCCUCCAAACACAAAUAACUUCCUUCACACCAAUCUCAACCUAGCUUCACGCCCUUAAUACAUGUAUUAUUUAAUACCGUAAUUAUAUAUAAAAAGAGAUAGAGACCAAAAAAAGCUUCCUGACUUCAUCAUUGUGAUUAUUAUUAUAGCUUUGAACUUGUAUUUUUUUUUGCAGUUUAUAACUUUAUAAGGGUAUAUUACAUUAAUUUACAAAAUGCAUCAGCUGGUUAAAUCAAGCAUUAGGUGUCACACACUCAACUGAGGAUCCAUCCUGACACCCUUGUGCUGAGCAGACUGCACACGUUAAAAGUUCGCUUCAAUCUUUCACUGGGUUUCCUUUCCGUUGACUUUUUUUUCGGCAAAAAAAAUUCGGGACCGAGACCUCAAAUAUCCUUCCGAAGCUUAACGUUGUACGGGCUGUUCAUCUUGAUUUUUGUCACGAGAAAAAGGGUGAAAUUUGCAUGUCUGUGAUGUACAUUUAUUAUGGAGGUUUUGCCAGGACAAUAGUGUUUUCAGAAACUAAAAAAAACGUAGUUGGAAUCUGUUUGCAAGACUAUGGAGAUAGGAAUCGCUGCUUUGUAUUUGUAACUGCAGAUGGUGAAUUUCACAGCCUCAUUUUCUUAUUUAUUUCUGAAACAAAUGAGACAUUUUUCAAUAAAACUACUGAAAUUAAA